AUGGGCUUACCGGUGGAAUUCGACGACAGACAAACUUCAAUUGAGUCUGAGGUGGAGACCUACCAUCCUUAUGAAUAUCAGACGGAGAACAAUGGCUCGUGGGCUGGUGCCCUGCCCGUGAAGCAGGGUUUGUAUGACCCCGAGCUAGAAAAGGAUGCUUGUGGUGUUGGUUUUGCAUGCCAUAUCAAGGGUGUACCCAGCCACAAGAUUGUUAGCGAUGCACGAAACCUGCUGUGCAACAUGACCCACCGUGGAGCGGUGGGUUCUGAUGCUCGUGACGGUGAUGGUGCUGGUGUUAUGACUUCGAUUCCCCACAAAUUCUUUAUCAAGAACUUUGAGCGCGAGGUUGGCAUUAAGCUGCCUCCUCUCGGUCAGUACGCUGUGGGAAACCUUUUCUUCAAGCCAGACGAGGAGACCCUGCAGGAGUCGAAGAGGCAAUUGGAAGAUAUUGCCGAGUCGCUUGGGCUGAGGGUCUUGGGAUGGCGAGAACCCCCUGUAGACUCUACUCUUCUUGGCCCUGCCGCAAAGUCGCGUGAGCCCACCAUUCUGCAGCCCUUUGUGGUGCUUACUUCUGCAUAUGGCUCCGGGGAUGCUCCUGAAAUCACGGACCCCGAGCAAUUUGAUGACAGACACUUCGAGAGGCAACUGUAUGUGCUUCGAAAGCGUGCGACUCACACCAUCGGCCUUCACAACUGGUUCUACCUGUGCUCCUUAUCAAACAGAAACAUUGUCUACAAGGGACAACUUUCUCCCGUGCAGGUCUACUCGUACUAUCACGAUCUGGUGAACGCUGAUUACCAAGCCCAUUUUGCCUUGGUGCACUCUCGUUUCUCCACAAACACAUUCCCUUCCUGGGAUCGUGCACAGCCUCUGAGAUGGGCGGCACACAAUGGUGAAAUCAACACCCUUCGUGGUAACAAGAACUGGAUGCGUGCCCGCGAGGGUGUCAUGCAAUCAGAUAUCUUUGGCGAUGAGCUGGAGCAGCUCUACCCAGUUGUUGAGGAUGGUGGUUCUGAUUCCGCUGCCUUCGACAACGUGCUGGAGCUUCUGACCAUCAACGGUGUGCUCUCUUUGCCCGAAGCCGUUAUGCUGAUGGUCCCAGAGGCAUGGCAGGGUAACACUGCCAUGGACCCCAAGAAGGCCGCAUUUUACGAAUGGGCUGCAUGCCAAAUGGAGCCCUGGGAUGGUCCUGCCCUUUUCACCUUCGCUGAUGGUCGCUACUGCGGUGCCAACCUUGACCGUAACGGCCUGCGUCCCUGCCGUUACUACAUCAUGGACGAUGAUCGCAUUAUUUGCGCUUCAGAAGUCGGCACCAUUCCCGUGGAUCCCGAGAGAGUUAUUCAAAAGGGUCGUCUGCAACCCGGAAAGAUGUUGCUAGUUGAUACCCAAGCUGGACGAUUGAUUGACGACUCGGAGCUCAAGAAUGCAGUCUCUAGUAGAAAUGACUUCCGUUCUUGGAUUGACAAUGAGCUGAUUAGUCUGCCCAAGGUGCUCAGCCAAGCAACCGAAAGUGGCCUCGACAUUGCUCCUAAGCCCGACCUUUCCAAGAUCCAAGAGGAUCCUCUUUUGCUCGCCUUCGGCUACACACAUGAGCAGGUCAGCUUGCUGCUGGCUCCCAUGGCUCAAGACGAGAAGGAGGCUUUGGGGUCAAUGGGCAACGAUGCUCCAUUGGCUUGUCUGUCACAAGCACCGCGCCUCCUGUACGAGUACUUCCGUCAGCUAUUCGCUCAGGUCACAAACCCCCCAAUCGACCCCAUCAGAGAGUCCAUUGUCAUGUCUCUUGACUGCUAUGUUGGGCCCCAGGGUAACCUGCUCGAGAUGGACUCAUCCCAGUGCGGUCGCCUGUUGCUUCCUAGCCCUAUCCUCUCCAUUCCAGAGUUCAAUGCCCUGACCAACAUAUCGAAAACCCACCCUCAAUGGACGGUCAAGACCAUUGACCUGACUUUUCCCAAGAAGGAUGGUGUUGCUGGUUACCUGAAGCACCUCGACAACAUUUGCGACGAAGCCACCGCGGCUAUCGAGGCUCACGACCGCAUCAUUGUCCUGUCCGACCGCAAGGUCUCCAAGGAUCGCGUGGCGGUUUCUACCUUGCUUGCCUCUGGCAUGGUCCACCAUCAUCUGGUCAGCAACAAGUGGCGGUCCAUGGCUGCUAUCGUCCUUGAGUCUGCCGAGGCCCGUGAAGUUCACCACAUGUGCGUGUUACUCGGUUACGGAGCUGAUGCUAUUAACCCCUACCUUGCCAUGGAAGCCAUCAUCAAGCUCAACCGGGAGGGUCUUAUUCGAAAGAAGCUUUCUGACGAUGCUUUGAUCGCCAAUUACAAACACUCGGUCGAUGGUGGUAUUCUCAAGGUCAUGUCCAAGAUGGGUAUCUCUACGCUCGCCUCUUACAAGGGAGCCCAGAUCUUCGAGGCCCUGGGUGUUGACGACGAUGUCAUCGAAAGAUGUUUCCGAGGCACUGCCUCCCGUAUCAAGGGUGCUACAUUCGAGAUCAUCGCAGAAGACGCUUUCAGAUUCCACGAGCGUGGCUUCCCCUCUCGCUACACUGUUGGUCCUACUGGACUUCCUGAGUCCGGCGAAUACCAUUGGCGAGACGGCGGCGAGGCUCACGUUAAUGACCCGACGUCGAUUGCCAAUAUACAGGAUGCCGUACGCAACAAGAACGACAAGUCCUACGAAGCUUACUCGAGAUCUGAGUAUGAGCAGAUCAAGGCCUGUACACUGCGCGGUAUGCUCGACUUCAAGUUUGAUGAGUGCACCCCCAUUCCCAUUGAUCAGGUGGAGCCCUGGACUGAGAUUGUCCGCCGUUUCUGCACCGGUGCCAUGUCUUAUGGUUCCAUCUCCAUGGAGUCUCACUCUACCCUGGCUGUGGCAAUGAACAGGCUUGGUGGUAAAUCCAACACUGGUGAAGGUGGUGAAGAUCCUGAGAGGUCUCAGGUCAUGACCAACGGAGACACGAUGCGGUCUGCAAUCAAGCAGAUUGCUUCAGGACGAUUCGGUGUCACUUCUGCCUACCUGGCCGACUCCGAUGAGCUUCAGAUCAAGAUGGCCCAGGGCGCCAAGCCCGGUGAAGGUGGUGAGCUGCCUGGACACAAGGUCUCCAAGUCCAUUGCUCGGACCCGUCACUCCACCCCUGGUGUCGGUCUUAUCUCGCCUCCUCCUCAUCACGAUAUCUACUCCAUCGAGGACUUGAAGCAGCUGAUCUACGACCUCAAGUGCUCCAACCCCCGAUCUCGUGUCUCUGUCAAGCUUGUUUCGGAGACUGGUGUUGGUAUCGUUGCUUCUGGUGUCGCCAAAGCUAAGGCUGAUCACAUCCUAAUCUCUGGCCAUGACGGUGGCACUGGUGCGUCUCGAUGGACUGGAAUCAAGUACGCUGGCCUUCCUUGGGAGUUGGGUCUCGCCGAGACUCACCAGACUCUUGUUCUGAACGACCUUCGAGGUCGUGUCGUCGUGCAGACCGAUGGUCAGCUCCGUACUGGACGCGAUGUCGCUCUGGCAUGUCUGCUUGGUGCGGAGGAAUGGGGUUUCGCGACAACACCUCUGAUUGCGAUGGGUUGCAUUAUGAUGCGCAAGUGUCAUCUUAACACCUGCCCCGUUGGUAUUGCCACCCAGGACCCUGAGCUUCGCAAGAAGUUCACUGGUACCCCCGAGCAUGUCAUUAACUUCUUUUACUACGUCGCCAAUGAGCUUCGAGCCAUCAUGGCUAAGCUUGGUUUCCGUACCAUCAAUGAGAUGGUUGGUCACGUUGAGGUCCUAAAGGUCAAAGACGAUCUUCGCACCAACAAGACUGCGAACAUCGAUCUCUCUUUGAUUUUAACACCUGCCCAUAAGCUUCGACCUGGUGUCGCCACUUUUAACGUCCGCAAGCAGGAUCACAAGCUACACGUCCGAUUGGACAACAAGCUUAUCUCCGAGGCUGAGUUGACACUGGACAAGGGUCUGCCGAGCAGAAUUGAGUGUGAUAUCACCAAUACCGACCGAGCUAUGGGUACUUCCCUGUCUUACCACAUCUCCAAGCGAUAUGGUGAGGCUGGCUUGCCGUUGGACACUGUCCACGUCAAUAUCAAGGGCUCUGCCGGUCAGUCCUUCGGCGCCUUCCUCGCGCCGGGUGUCACCUUGGAGCUAGAGGGUGAUGCCAAUGACUACGUCGGUAAGGGUCUAUCCGGUGGUCGCAUGAUUAUCUACCCACCUCGAUCUGCCGUCUUCAAGGCCGAAGAGAACAUUUUGAUUGGUAACACCUGCUUGUACGGUGCAACGAGUGGCAGCUGUUUCUUCCGCGGUAUUGCGGCCGAGAGAUUCGCUGUCCGUAACUCAGGUGCCACUGCCGUUGUUGAAGGUGUUGGCGACCACGGUUGUGAGUACAUGACUGGCGGUCGUGUCGUCGUUCUCGGAAGCACUGGCCGCAACUUCGCUGCUGGUAUGUCUGGUGGUAUUGCCUAUGUUCUCGACAUUCACCGCGACUUUGAGUCCAAGCUCAACAUGGAGAUGGUCGAAGCUUCUAGCCUCGAGGACCCCGCCGAGAUUGCUUUCUUGCGCGGCCUGAUUGAGGAUCACCAUCACUAUACUGGGUCUGAGCUGGCUGCUCGCAUCCUCGUCGACUUCAACAGAGCUCUACCUCGAUUCGUCAAGGUUCUGCCGGUCGACUACAAGAGAAUUCUCGAGCAGGAGGCUGCCAAGGCCGCUGAGGCCAAGCGUGCUGAGUACAAUCUUCCCAUACUCCCUGGGGCCAAGCCCAAGAAGGAGGAGCACAAGGCGUCCAAGCUUCAAGAUAUGGAAGAGGCAGUCGGCGACAAUGCAGCUGAGAAGAAACGAUCUCUAGUUCUGGACAAGACCAAGGGUUUCAUGAAGUACCAGCGACGAUCUGAGAAAUACAGAAAUGCUAAGACCCGUACCAAGGACUGGCAGGAACUGUCCCAGCGCCUCGACGAGGAUGAGCUCAAGUACCAAUCCGCUCGUUGCAUGGACUGUGGUGUUCCCUUCUGUCAGUCUGACAGUGGUUGCCCGAUCUCCAAUAUCAUUCCUAAGUGGAAUGAACUGGUAUUCCAGAACCAGUGGCAAGAAGCUCUCAACCGCCUGUUGAUGACCAACAACUUCCCUGAGUUCACAGGCCGUGUCUGUCCUGCUCCUUGCGAGGGUGCUUGUGUUCUAGGUAUCAACGAGGAUCCUGUUGGUAUCAAGUCAAUUGAAUGUGCCAUCAUUGACCGCGGCUUUGAGCAGGGCUGGAUGGUUCCUCAACCUCCUGAGGUUCGCACUGGCAAGAACAUUGCCAUUGUUGGCUCUGGACCUGCCGGUCUGGCCGCUGCUGACCAGCUGAACCGAGCUGGUCACUCUGUCACUGUUUACGAGCGUGCUGACAGACCGGGUGGCCUGCUUAUGUACGGCAUCCCCAACAUGAAGCUCGACAAGCGCAUCGUCAAGCGCAGAACUGACUUCAUGGCCGCUGAAGGUGUCAUCUUCAAGACUGGUGUCGCCAUUGGUGAGGACAUCACCUUGACAGACCUGAAGGCUCAAAACGAUGCAGUUAUCAUCGCUACCGGUGCUACUGUCGCUCGGGACCUGCCCAUCAAGGGCCGCAACCUGGAGGGAAUCCACUUCGCCAUGGAGUUCCUGCACAAGAAUACAAAGUCACUACUCGACUCGGAGCUACAGGACAAUGCUUACCUCUCUGCCAAGGGCAAGGACGUCAUAGUCAUUGGUGGUGGUGACACUGGAAACGACUGCAUUGGUACCUCCGUACGUCACGGUGCCAAGUCGGUUAUCAACUUCGAGCUCUUGCCUCAGCCUCCUCCCCAGCGUGGUAGUGACAACCCCUGGCCCCAGUGGCCCCGUAUCUACCGUGUUGACUACGGUCACACCGAGGUCAAGCAGCACAUGGGUAAGGACCCCCGUGAGUACUGCAUCAUGUCGGAAGAAUUCGUGGACGAUGGCAGUGGCCGCGUCAAGGGUAUCAACACCAUCCGUGUUGAGUGGACCAAGUCCGCUACUGGUGGCUGGGACAUGAAGAAGCUUGAGGAAACGAAGCAAUUCUUCCCUGCUGACCUUGUCCUCCUCUCGAUGGGUUUCCUUGGGCCUGAGGCCCGAGUUCUGGGUGACGACAUUGAGAAGGAUACUCGCAAGAACGUCAAGACCGCUGCGGGCUCGUACGCCACCAACGUCCCUGGCAUCUUCGCGGCUGGUGAUUGCCGGCGCGGUCAAUCUUUGAUCGUGUGGGGUAUCAAUGAAGGACGACAAGCUGCCCGGGAAGUCGAUCUUUACCUCGAGAAGUACACCAGUCUUCCUGUCACUGGUGGUAUCGUCAAGCGCACUGCCCAGGAGAUCUUCAGUAUCAGUGCUGCUUAA